AUGGCUUCAAAGAUGGAAGUCCCAGUUUUCACCAUCACCAACUUGAGCACUUGGGUUGCCAUGGCGGUCCCUCCAGACAUCACAGUAGCUGAUUUCAACCUUUUGGUUUCCCAAAGGCCCAACUGGGAAAAAAUGAUGGUUUCAGUUGUCUUAUUCAGCUUCUGGGUUGAGCUUCUGGGAUGGGUUUUAGCAGAAAUGCGUCUCUCUACUGCCCAUUAUAUAACUCAACCAAAGCCAAAACUAAUUGCGCAUUCCAUUAAUUUCCAACCAGCUGGUGCCAUUGUGGAGAACUUGACAGAGUGCACCUCAAUUGCUUCCCAAAAUCAGGAGAAAUUGAAGUUUGUGGACUUAUGGCGCGUUUUUUUGGUAAAGCGAAAAUCAUGCUUCUUCCACCUGCCUGAUUCAAUGCCCACGAAGUUUGCAUUCCAAGGAGUGAGAGGAACAUGGUUUCUUCAUGUAGAAGCAAGAAGUUUGACCAAUUUGAAUAGAUCAUCGUUACCUCAAUUUGUGGCUACAGAUGUUGAUUAUGUAUCAAGUCCUGGUAAGGGCAAGAGAGAAUGCAAAGAAAAGGAAAUUGGAGAAAAGGGAUUGCAGUUUCAUGAACUUUCAUUAGAAAGGCUUCAGAGACCUCUCGAUGUUUCAGAGGAAAAGAAGAAAAAUAAGAAAGAAACAAAAAACUGCUACUUUGGUUACCAGACAAAUGGAAAUGGGUUUGAAUACAUUGGUGCAAACAAAAUUACUUUAGUUCCAACUGCCAAGAGUGUUUGUGAGCACCCUGCAUCUGCAGAAAAUAUUGAGCCUAGGGAGGAAUGGGCUUCUAGAUCAAUGGUAGAGGCCCAAGUGAGAUGUCAUCAGAAACAAAAUCCGUUACCUUCUUAUUUGCUUCCUUCCCCACCAUCAACCAAAACUGGUCAAGGAGCAAGGUAUAACUUCAAUAGACCUGAAGUGGGGAAACACCUUGUCAUGGCUUCAGGUAGUCUCGGCAUUUCUCCAAGUAAGCAGAAAACUGCAAUCUAUCUCUGCCGCAUGAAAGAUGGAAAAGUUUUGGGUCUCAACUCAAGUUCAGUAGUUAAACAACCACAGUUUGAGAUAAGUGACAGUGAUGAAUGAACAGUUCCAGAGUGUAUCCUGGUGAACUGAGACAACUGUGCAUUAUAAUGUCAUGCUCUUACACCAGAAGUUCUACUCUGUCUAGCUUCACAAUAUCAAUGGAUAACCUGAAUGCACUGUAAUUGAUUAUUUGGAGUGGCUGAUUUGUGGAGAAAUGGAGGAUUGGAAGAGCUUUCUCUCGAGCAAGAUCAGAGGUGUGAACAGUCUAGAAUCCCUUAACUUUCACUACAGAGUUACAUCCAGAUUAUUGUUGUCAUUUUCGAUCUUUUUGUAAAUUUGAUGCUGUUCUCUUCUCUUGGAAACAGAGGAAAAAAUGGUAUGGGUUAACAUGAUAACACUCACAUAGCCAAAAAGGAAGGAGGAGAAAACAAAAAGAAAAAGAAAAAGAAAAAGAAAAGAAUCCAAGAAAUAGAACAGUUGAUGCUCUAGGAUAUGUUCAUUUUAUUUCUUUUUCCUUUUGUUUUUUGAGAUUAUGAUGGUUUUGAUAAUGGGAUGGAACUAAAGCUCUGCUUUUUGUGAAUGCUUCUGAUUUCUAGAUUCUAGAAAGUGUAAGAGAUAAUAGCCCAACAAAUUAUUUCCAUUUGCACAAUGUUCUGCUGUGCUUUAGCAUGUAAUUUUUCUAAGGCCUUGGUUUAGUGAACCGAUAAUAAUUGGUAUGAAA